UUAUCCUGCCAAGGUUGGCACUUUAGGGAAAAAAUCUUAUCGAUGAUAAACUGUCGAAAAUUUCAAGAGUGUAGCAGAUGUAGCUUUGAUAAAUUUUGAUACAUAGAUGACACUGUUAUUGAUAACGGUCAGUCAAAAAGUGUGUUUCGAAAUGACGGCUCUCCGGACAAUGUUGGGGUUGCUGACGCUAGCUGCGCGGGCGCACACACAAAUCUCCCUGCGCGCUGAUGACGUCAUGCUCAAUUUAGAGCCUCAGCUGAGCGGAGGCUUUCUACUAAUCUUAGAAAAAAAUGAAGAACGAAUAGAACUCGGUCACAUUGGUCGAACACUACUUUCUCCAUUCACAACGGAAAAUAUAGAAGGUGGAAUCGAAGUACACAUUGAAAAUGCUAUUCUGCAGCUGCUCAUGCUUUCAGAUACGGCUAAGAACGCCAAGGGUAUCAGGAUACGAUGGGAUACGCAGAUGCAUCCUCGACUUGAAGACUGCAUUAGUUUUGGUUCCAAGCACUGGUAUGGUGGGCCAAUGCAACUAAAUCAAGUGUACCCUAUUGAAGACGCCGAAUACCGCUACACUGGAUACGUAGUAAAAGAAGCUAAUAACGGUGGUAUCGCAGAAAGAUAUUGGCUCAACUCAGCAGGAGAAUAUAUAUAUGUUCAUCCACAAGUACCACUCUUUGUGGACUAUCGCAAUUUGUUAGCAAAUCACAUUUGUUUUGGAGCACAGAAGUCUUUACCUUAUUCAUCUAGAAGAAACCAUACUGAGCUAUCAUAUGACAUUUGGUUCCUAUCAAAUGUAAAGGAAGCUCAUAAACAUGCAGUUGCCAAUUAUUUAGGGAAACCAUCAGACUUGGUAGAUUACAUAAUGGUUAAACACCCCAUUUGGUCCACUUGGGCCCAGUAUUCCGAAGAUAUCGACGCGACCAAAACUUUGGAAUUUGCUAAUGAAAUUCUAGAUCACGGAUUUAACAACUCUCAGAUAGAAAUCGAUGGUAUUUGGGAAUCCUGCCAUGGAUCUCUUACAGUGGAUGAGAAUAAAUUCCCCGACUUGGGUAAAUUAGUUUCGGACCUCAAAAGUUUGGGAUAUCGCGUAACUAUGUGGAUUCAUCCGUUAAUUAACAAAGGUUGCGAUCCUUGGUACUCUGAAGCCUUAGAGUACGGCUAUUUAAUGGCAAACGAAGAAGGUAGCGUUGACGGCUUUUGGUGGAACAGUAAUGGUACUGACUCUGGUUACAUUGACUUCACCAACCCUGACGCCGCCGAGUGGUGGUACCAGCGAGUCAAGAACCUCAGCGACACUUAUGGCAUUGACAGUUUCAAGUUUGAUGCUGGAGAGACUGACUAUAUCCCUUCGGUAACUGUACAACAUGGUGACAUCGAUUAUCAUCCCCACCAUAUCGUGGAUGCCUUCGUGAGAACCUGCGCUAGAUUCGGAAAUAUGAUAGAAGUUCGAUGUGGAUUCAGAACACAAGACCUACCAAUCUUCGUACGGAUGGUGGAUCGCGAUUCCAUCUGGGGUCUAAACAACGGCUUAUCCACCUUAAUUACAACUUCCAUCCAGAUGAACCUAAAUGGAUACACCUACGUGUUACCCGAUAUGAUCGGAGGAAAUGGGUACAAUUUGGCUCAUGAAGAAUCGGAUUUCCCGACUAAAGAGUUGUUCAUACGAUGGGUACAAGCGAAUACGUUUUUGCCUGCAAUGCAGUUUUCCUUCGCACCAUGGCAAUUUGACAGUGAGACAACAGAAAUAAGCAGGAGGUACGCAGAUAUGCACGCAAAAUAUGCGGAUUACAUCUAUGAGGCAAUGAAAGCAUCUGUUGAGAAUGGAAAUCCAGUUGUGGCCCCGUUGUGGUGGGCUGACCCAAAUGAUAAUCAGACAUUUGUUAUUUGGGAUGAAUUCCUUUUAGGCGAGAGAAUUCUUGUAGCACCGGUUUUAACAGCAAAUACAACAUCCCGUGCCGUCUAUCUUCCUUCCGGAGUAUGGUUCGACCAGGGCGACACAAAUAAGACCUACGAAGGCCCCAUAUGGAUCACUUACUCCGCUCCUUUGGACGUGUUGCCGUAUUUCGUGAGAGAUGGAAACGCGCCCAAUAUGACUGUUGCACCUUAUGUGGCUGCCAGCCUGGUACUUUUCUGUACCGUUGUUAGUGUUUUUAUGAAAUUCUAAUUGCGAUUUCUUUUGCAUAAAUGACUGAAUGAACGGUUUAGAUAUCCAAAAAAACCAAAUUAUCUUUCAAGCGCAUGUUGCGCAAGCAUCUGUUUGACAAUUGUCAAAAUUAAGACACUGUAUAAUG